AUGGAGUACGACUUGCCCGGUGGACUCCCACCACUUCAAUCAGUGAGCAAUUUUGAUAGGGGCGCUUUUCCGUUCCUUCAGUGCCGUGAUAUCGAUGAACUUUCUCUCCAACUUUCAAAUUUUGGUAUUGGUGAUAUUGACAAAUUCGAUUCUGUGGUGCGAAGAGGUUCGCCAAUGUUCCAGUUCUAUAAUUCGUUGCGAUCAGGACGCAUGACAACACUUCCUCCCUGGACUUUGGAUGAAAACAAAGAAAUUCGUAAUGAUCUCACUUUAUAUGACGUUGUGGAAAAAGAUCUUUUGGUUUGUUUCGCAAUGGAUAAAGCUGGCUGCCAUUUCCUUCAAAGCAACUUUUAUGGAGAGAACACAAAAAAUAUCGAUCCCAUUCUGCGAGACAGAAUUUGCCACAAGGUUGUAAGCAAUCGCGAGAUUUUUCUGACUUUGAGCAAAAACAUUUUUGGAAAUUUUUUCCUUCAACGAGUUAUUGAAUUUUCACGUCAAACGGAGCAGGAAUUCAUUCGGCAACAUAUUGUUUCUGAUAUCACCGCUCUUUGUCUUGAUAAAAGCGGAUGUCGAGUGAUUCAAACAUCUCUAGAGAAAUUACGCCCAAGAUAUGCAGAUUCUUUGGUUGAUUCUAUUCCUCGUGACGAACGGCUUAUGGCGAUUUGUACUGACCAAAACGCUAAUCAUGUUAUUCAAAAGAUCGUCAAAAAACUCGCAUUGCGAAAAUGGGAAUUCCUAGUCGAUUUUUUCUGUAAGAGAAAUGAAGAAAAUCUGCUAAAAAUCUGCCAGGAUAAAUAUGGAUGCAGAGUUGUUCAGACGGUUGUUGAAGUUCUUUCCACGGAAAAUCGUAUCAAGGAGGAUAAUACUGAAAAAUGUCGUGUUCUUCAUAAGUUGAUGGGGAAAAUUCUUAGCAGAUGCCAGAAUCUUGCGUCGAACGAAUUUGCUAACUACGUCAUUCAGCAUAUUAUUGAAACGCCCGGUGUUUUGUCGGAAUACCGUGAUGCCAUUAUCGAGAAGUGUUUAUUGAGAAAUUUGUUGUCGAUGUCCCAAGAGAAAUACGCGUCGCAUGUCGUUGAAAGAGCAUUUACGUACGCUCCGGUUACCUAUUUAACUGAGAUGAUGGAAGAAAUAUUUGAAGGCUACGUACCGCAUCCAGAAACUGGUAAAGAUGCUCUAGAUAUUCUCAUAUUCCAUCAGUUUGGAAACUAUGUUGUUCAACGAAUGCUUCAAAUCUGUCGUUCAGCUGUUAUUGGAGAGCGUGAUACAAUUGCGAAUGGUAUUAAUUAUCGCGAUAGAUUCGAUGCUUGGCUUCGUAAACUUUAUAUCCGAGCCAAAAAAGAACGUACUCGAUUGAUGCGAUUUUCGUCGGGAAAGAAAAUUAUCGAGAUUUUUGAAGGAAUGGAACAAGCCGUUGAAUUUACGGCUUCGAUGGAAAACUAUGCAAGCUCAUCGAUUAUGUCGCCGUCGGCUGGAAGUACUGGUUGGACUUCUCCUUUCAAUUUCUAA